AUAAAGCAGUCAGCGUGGCGGCAUGUUUAUGAGACUACAGUACGCUCGUGGUAGUGCAUGUAUAUAAACAGCAACGCAAUAAGCGAUACACCGAAAUGCUUCGGUUGCUCUGUUUUGCACUUGUGCAUGUCACCACAUUGUCUGCAUUGGAGGGAGAUGAUGCGUAUUGUCCCAAUGGCAGUGUAUCAGAAACAUCUGUCUACCAAAUGCUCUCACUCAUCAACAAUAAACGCUUGAUAUUAGCAAGUGGAUUGCAAAUAAACGGAUACGUGGAUCAUGAUAACGCCAAAAAUCUGUUCACGAAACUGCCUCCAGCUAAAUUUUUGCCUGAAAUGACGUACGACUGCGCACUUGAACAAAAUGCUACUGAAGCUUUGGCACUGUAUAAUGAAUCCGAAGAUCAACUGCAGCUUGUUAACGGACACUUUCUUUAUAGUUUAUACUAUGGUUGCGAGGAUUGGAUGGAUGACUUUCUAGACGACAUACUCGCAGCCGAUUUUUAUGGAUUUUCUUACGUCAUCGAAUCUCAAUCUGUUAAAUAUAUGGAUGAGCAUGGGAAUUCAAGAGUUUAUGUCGAUCUGAUGCGUGCUGAUGUCUCAAGAAUAGGUUGCUCAAGCAAGAAGUUAGUAAAGAAGAACCAAUAUGAGGACUGCUGUAUAUAUCUUUGCAUUAUCAAUCAGAAGAGUAUCCAGAAGGGAGACCUCAUUUACGAAACAGGUACCGCAAAAGCCGAAUGUGAUCCCUUCAUCGAUGAUAGUUCAAAUGAAUCUACUGCAACAUUUUCUGACUCAAACCCUUCCGGUGCUUCUUAUUGUGCUAACGGUGUUUUAUCAAAAAAUGAUGUCUACCAAGUACUUUCACUCGUCAAUACUAAACGCGCGAUAUUAGCUAGUGGGUUGCAAAUGAAUGGCACAAAUUACUACGAAGAGGAUAGGACUACUGAGGAGCUCCCUCCAGCCAAAAACAUGUACAAAAUGGCAUAUGACUGCGUCCUCGAACAAAAGGCUAAGAAAGCUCUAACGACACUGGGGUGCAACGACGACAGCCAAGCAUUUAAGGAUCCCUACAUUACCCAUUCCAAUAUUUCCACCGCUCUUUGGUGCGAGUUAUUCCAAGUUGACUGGUAUGGCAUCGCUUCUUUCAAUACAACUCAGUCCUUAGAUUAUUAUGAUUGGUACGAUGAAGAAUCAACAACGAAUUAUGUCAAUCUGAUGCGUGCUGAUGCCUCCAAAGUAGGUUGCGCAAACAUGACAUGUCAAAAAUAUAGAGAAUUCGUUAUGUAUCUUUGCAUCACCGAUCAAGGGCCAAUCGAAAAUGGAGACGAACUUUAUGAAAUACGCACAGAUAAAAGUGAUAUAGAUACUGACGAUGAGUGUGGUCUUCCCUGGACUUCGAGUAUUACAUCCACGACAGUGUUUCCUAAUACAAGCACCUCAGAACCACAGUACACCACUGAAUCAUCACAGUACACCACUGCGUCAUCACAGUACACCACUGCGUCAUCACAGUACACCACUGCGUCAUCACAGCAUACCACUGCAUCUACGAAAAAAAUGAAAUCAACAAGACAAUGCGUCACAAAGACAACGAAGACACCCUGUGUCACCCUGCCGCACGCGAAGUCAAAACGGGAAGCGAGAGCUGCAAAUUUCCUCGAAGUUCUGUCUAAGAAGUCAGAAAAGCACAUGAAGGUGAGAGAGAUAGACGCCACCGGCCUGUUCCAGAAUGCUCCUGAAGAGAAGCCGCUGCGCUGAGAACUCUCUUACUCUUUCCAACGCAUGAUCUUGGAAACUUCAAAAUUUUCCAAUUUUACAUCAGUAAAAUUCGAAUAAAACCGUAUAAAUUUGAACC